UUUUUUUUCUUCUACUGUACAUUGCUUUAUCUUUAAACCAUUCUGUUUAAAUUUAGUUUACUGCUUGUUUUUUUUUCGCAUAAAAAAAAAGAAAGACAAGACACUAUUUAUCUACUCUUAUUCCAUUGCCAACAAAAAAAAAAGACAGUUCACACAUUAAUUAUAGGAACAUGAACAGUUCCCAUAGUAAUAAUAUUUUCUCUGACAGUGACUCAGAAGGAUACUCAGACGACGGCAUCACCAAUAACUUAAAUAACAGACAGCGAUCUGUUCAUUCCGAUCAACACCAAGUCACUACAGACGAUGAGAACCACCUUUUAUCACCUCAAAGUUCUCCUUCUCCCUUUGGUUCUUCUGGAGAAGAACUAAGUAGUAAUGAACAAAAUCAGGAAGAAGAAGAAAACUAUCUUGACCCAGAUUUAUACUGUUUACGUCGUUCCAAUCGACAAAAAGACAAGUCAAGUUUAACACCUGAAGGUGAUUCUGAGGAAGUCACGUUUACAACAGAUGAGGAAGCAUUAGAUAGUAGCUCGGAUGAUGAUUAUGGCAACUUAUCACAACCGAGAAGAAAAAAUAAUCGACUUUCUAAGCGAGUAAUCGCAUAUGUUAGUGAUGUUUCUAAUGAUGAAAACAUCAAUUCUGAAGAUAACAACGAUUCUAGCUCUGAUGAUAACUGGGGGAUGCCAAAAAAGACAAAACCCAAACGUAAUCAUCGUCGUCAAAACAGACAGCAGAGUGCAGGUGCGAUUUCACCAAGCGAUUAUGCACGUCACUCCACCCGUAGUCGUAAAGUAACCAACUAUAAUGAGGAUAAUGGUGAGAUGUGGGGUGUGUCUGACGACGAAACAAAAGACCCUUAUGCCGCACCUCCACCCGAAGAAGAUGAUGGGGAAGUAAUUGAAAGUGUUCUUGAUCACCGCAGAAAAGACACCAGCACUGAAGGCCCAGAUGAUCCAGAGACGAAUAUCGAAUACUUAAUCAAAUGGAAAUCGUGGUCACAUCUUCAUGACACUUGGGACACAUUCGACUACUUACAUUCCUUCAAAGGAUUUCGAAAGUUGGAAAACUAUAUCCGUAACCGAAUCAUUGAAGAGCAGUACUUUAGACGUCAUGCCGAAACAACCAAAGAGGAAAUUGAGCAACAGGACAUCAACAUAUCUCGUCGUCGAGAUGAAAUUAAUGAUUGGCGUACAGUAGAACGUGUGAUAUCAAUGCGUGGCUCACCUCCCAACGUUGAAUACUUUGUCAAAUGGAAGCGUCUUCAUUAUGAUGAAUGUACAUGGGAAGAGGAAGAUUUAAUAUCCGCAGACUAUCAGAAUGAAAUCGACGAGUUUAUGGAAAGAGAGCAAAACACUCAUAUACCGCAUCGUUCCAUGACAUACCCAAGAGGGCAACGUCCUGAAUUUAAGGCCUUUAAAACGCAGCCUUCUUAUAUUAAUGGCGGCGAAUUGCGUGACUAUCAACUACACGGUGUAAAUUGGAUGUAUUGGCUUUGGUGUCAUAAUGAAAAUGGUAUCCUUGCCGAUGAAAUGGGUCUAGGUAAAACUGUUCAAACCAUCAGUUUCUUAAAUGCCCUUUACAACACCCGUAACCUGUAUGGACCCUUCCUGGUUGUUGUGCCUUUGUCUACAUCUGAUAAUUGGAUGCAAGAAUUCAAACAAUGGGCUCCCCAAAUGAAUGUCUUGUGUUACCUCGGUAAUCCCCAAGCACGUGAAGUCAUCCGUAAUCAUGAAUUUUAUGUCAAUGGUACUAAGCGCUUCAAAUUUAAUGUGGUGAUCACGACCUAUGAAAUCGUAUUGAAAGACAAGGAUUUCAUGAGCGGUAUUCGAUGGCAAUAUCUUGCAGUGGAUGAGGCUCAUCGUUUAAAGAAUGCUGCUUCACAACUUUAUGAAGCUCUUUCCAGUUUUCAAACAACCAACAGACUCUUGAUCACUGGUACACCAUUACAAAAUAAUGUCAAGGAACUUUUAGCCUUAGUGCGGUUCUUGAAUCCUAACAUGGAUGUUACAGACUAUGCAGAUAUUGAUGUAGAAGAUAUCAACCAAGAAGGAAAAAUUUCUGCUUUACACAACAGCAUUAAGAAUAUCAUGUUGCGUCGUUUGAAGAAGGAUGUAGAGAAAUCACUACCCAACAAGUCCGAACGUAUUUUACGAGUAGAAAUGAGCGAGCUUCAAAAGACUUACUAUAAACAUAUUCUCGCAAAGAACUUUGGUUUAUUAGCUGGCAGUGCAGAUAACAAGAAACAAUGGUUGAAUAUCGCCAUAGAAUUAAAGAAGGCCAGUAAUCAUCCCUUCUUAUUCCCCGAAGUAGAAGAGGUCUCUACCAGUAGGGUCACACAGUUAAAAGGCCUGAUCGAAAAUAGUGGAAAGAUGGUCUUGCUGGAUAAGCUAUUGACUCGGUUGAAAUCAGAUGGUCACCGCGUCUUGAUCUUUUCUCAGUUAGUCAUGAUGUUGGAUAUCCUUUCGGAUUACAUGACUUUACGUGGUCACACAUUCCAGCGAUUGGAUGGUUCUAUGAAGCCCGAGGAUCGUAACAAGGCUAUCGAACAUUUCAAUGCACCUGAAAGUCCUGAUUUUGCCUUCAUUCUUUCAACACGUGCAGGCGGUAUGGGUAUCAAUCUCACCACGGCUGAUACCGUCAUUAUCUUUGAUUCAGACUGGAAUCCUCAGAAUGACUUGCAAGCCAUGUCACGCGCGCAUCGUAUCGGACAAACUAAAUCGGUUAAUGUCUAUCGAUUCGUCACCAAAGGCACGAUGGAAGAGGACAUUAUUGAACGUGCGAAACGAAAGAUGGUGCUUGAAUACUGUAUCAUUAAACGCAUGGAUACCUCAGGCCAGCUCACAGAGCAAGAACAGAAUUUAGUUGCUGAACAAUCCUUAAAGACCGCUACCGGUAAAAACCGUGAAUUACCUUUCAGUAAAGAUGAGCUUUCGGCCAUCCUCAAAUUCGGGGCACAAAAUAUGUUUCAGACAUCCGAGAAUAAUGAAAAAUUGAACGACAUGGAUCUGGACGAUAUUUUAGCUCGUGCUGAACAAACUGAGACGGCAGAAGGUGAUGACAGUGCUUUAGGAUCUGAAGAUUUCUUGGCCCAGUUCAAAAUCACGGAUUAUGGAGGUACAGCAAAUGAUUUGAGUUGGGACGAUAUCAUUCCUUCCAGUGAACUUGAAAAAGUCGAGGAGCAACAGAAAUUAGAUGACCAAGCUGCGUUGUAUGAUCGUGCUGCCAAAAAGAAUCGUAUCACUUAUAACGAGCACAUCAACGAAGAAGAGGAGGAGGGUGCAACUGUGGGUAAGAAGCGAAGGAAGGCUGCCAUCCAAGGCCAAGGAAGCCGAAAGCGACAUUCUACCUCUGGAAAAUCCGAUGAAUUAUCAGAACGUGAUCGUCGUGCCAUAGUACGUGCUGUGUUGAAAUACGGUGACCUGGAAGAGAGAUAUUCAGACGCUGUAUCUGACUUCGACCUUGAACAAAAGCAAAAAGAUGUCAUUUUGGAUCUGUACAAGGAUCUUAUCCAAGAAUGCAGGAACAAGGUGCGCGAACAAGCCGAAGCCAACGAUAGUUCACUGAAAGGAAUGCACGUCUCUGAAGAGAUCCUACUCCGUGAACUCCGUCAUACGAAACAAAAGGCUAUUUUAUUCACAUGGCAUGAUAUUCAAAGUGUCAAUGCUGGUCAGAUCUUCCAACGUCACCAUGACAUGAAGAUACUAUCACGUAGGCUUCGUUCCGUCAGCGACAAAUACAAAUUCCGUGUGUCACUUGGCGCCAAACGAGUUCAAGGAUGGUCAUGUGCUUGGGGAGCCAAAGAAGAUGCAAUGCUGCUGGUCGGUGUUCAUGAGCAUGGAUUUGGAUCUUGGCCACUUAUCCAGGCCGAUAUACCACUAGGAUUGUCGGAUAAAUUCUUUAUCGGAGGCAACGAAGACGAUGAUAAAAAGACACCCAAAGCCAUCCAUUUAGUAAGGAGAGCUGAACAAAUGAUGAAGAUUCUUGCCGAAGAAGACAAACAUCGCAAUGAACUUUCUUCUGGUAAAUCAAAUACCAAAUCUACCAUCAAAAAGGGUCCUCGAUCCAAGCAGCAGCAACAGCAACAGCAGCAACAACAAAAUCUUACUAAGCCAUCUCAUACCAUCAAUUCAAGAUCACCCUCCUUCUCGAAUACUUCUUCUUUACCGGAGCCAUCUUCAACACCUAGAAAACGACCUUCUCGCACACAAGAUGAUUUGCCCCGUCCUUCCACAAAGAGAUCUGAGAAGGAAAAUAAGAUACCCGAAAGGUCUUAUGAUAGUUAUGACGAAGAUUCUUGUUACUCAUCCAUGCGACCUGUAAAGCAUUUCUUGGUACGCCUUCGAGAUGACUCUGCAAAAGUAGAAGGCUCCCAAAAGGCACAAAUUAUCAAAGACUGUUUAGCGCCCAUCGGCCAACAUAUUGACAAGGAAGUAGCUGAUCACAGACGAGAUACCAAUUUAAAACGCGAUCUUUGGCUCUACACCACCAAAUUCUGGCCAGGUCUUAAUGUAACAUACAGUGAUCUGAUCAAUGUAUAUGAAAGAUUAGUAGCUGCUGCUGGAUCAAAUGAUGCUUCGACAACAAAACAAAGCUCAUCCUCCUCACAUCAUCAUCAUCGCAGUAGCAAUCAUUCAUCGUCAAGCAGCAGGAGAGAUCGAGGCGAUACUAAGUCUUCGUCUUCUAGAAGAAGUAGUAAUUAUCAUCACAGUGAAAGAAGUAGUUCGAGACGAGAUGACAGCAGACGAAGAAGAUCAUCUUCCUCUUCUUACAAGAGCGAUGAUUACCAUCGUCGAGAUAGGAAAAGUAGCCAUUAUGAUCGUUAUGAUCGGGACAGAAGUAGCUCCAACAAAGAAAGACGUCGCUAGAUCGUUCCCUUCCUCUUUUCCGUUUUUAGC